CAACCUCCGCGCUGCACGCACACGUGCUCUCACGAGACUCACUACGAAAAGAAUCACACACGCGAUGCCUAUGGCGGCGAUUCACACUUACCAAAAUCUCGGCGUAAACCAGAAGCUUACGCAACUGCAGACGGUCGCACCGAGGAGGCUGGCACCUGCACCUGUAGAUCCCGCUCGAUGCAAGAAGAAGUCAUCUUAUCUUCAUCAGCCCUACCCUUCCCAGCCCGCAUCAGUGGCUAGGAGAAACGCCCGGGAACGGAACAGAGUCAAGCAAGUCAACAACGGAUUCGCUGCGCUGCGUCAACAUAUUCCAUCAGCUGUUUCAGCCGCCCUCGCUGGAGGCAGAGGGGCGUCACGGAAAUUGAGUAAAGUUGACACGUUGAGGCUGGCUGUCGAAUACAUCAAAAGUUUGAAGCGAUUGUUAGAAGAAAGUGAAGAAGGAUGCUCCGACAUGCAGAUUGGUUUGGGUCUUGCAAGCAGUGGCGCGCACACGCCGCCGUCGUCCGAGGAGUCGCGGUCGCCGGCUCCGUCGCUGGUGUCGGAGAGCUCGGCGGGCCCGAACUGUCACGACGCCUACGACUCCUACGAACCCAUGAGCCCUGAAGAUGAAGAGUUGCUUGAUGUCAUAUCGUGGUGGCAACAACAGUGACAAGAGGAACCGUGCAUUACGGUGAUCAAAGUAUGGCCAUUGAGCGGCCCGGUGAUUGUGAAAAAACGAGUAUUCGCUUGAAGAGCGACCCGAGCGCCGAGCGCAAGGGACGCCGAGAGAACCUCUAAUUAAGCGCAAUCAGUAUAUUCCUAAUGAGAGGGGAUAAUGGUGGACUAUAACGACCCCAUCGAUGCAUUCCGCCGAGCGACGCGCGCGCCGACGCCGACUACGUUUCAUGCUCCGUGAAAUGUACCGCCAAGACUGAACCAAUCAUUUGUUCCACAUGAAGCAUUUAGUUGUAUAUAAGUGAUCGCUGUGCCUUAGUUUAACCUUAAAUAAUUACCUAAUUUACUUCCAGUAAGACCUAGUUUUUAGUUAUUAUUGUUAUCUAGUCAUUAUGUAUAAGCAUAAUUUUAUGACAGGCAUCUCCUUCGGGAGCAUGUAUUUUUUUUAAAUAGCUACUGCUGUAGAUAUGUUGCGAAAAAGACAUUAAGAAAACAACACGUUUUCUUAUUUUAUUGUGAGACAAAGACUUCUCGUAUAUAUAAAUUUAGUACCCUAAGACAGAUUCCUAAUAUUUUAAGUUUUACGCUAAAGUAUAAUUUUGUUUAUAGUUAAACAGAAUAUGCCAGUUACUUACCUAUGCAGGUAG